UGCAAAAAAGGAGUACCUGAGUGCUGGGUUGCAAGCGGCGCGAGGCAAGGAUGAUGCCGAUCGGAAGUUGUCCAUCGGCAUCCAGACAGUUGGGGUUAGCGCCAAAUUUACAGAGCAGCUCUAUCACAGCCUGACUGGGAAAAGGGAAGAUUGGAUAGCGGCCCACCUUAGAGGUUUCGUGCGAACAUGCCAAAUGGAGAAGGCUGUGGCCAUGGUGCACACGGGGGUCCAGACGAAUCAGUCGGUAGACCUGGCCGGGAGCCUAGACAAUCUUCGCAUAAUUGAUUUUAAGUAUCAAAACAAUAAGGGCUGGGAGACGGGUAAUUGCACCUUAAAAUGCGAGCUUAUGCGUCAUAAAAAGCGCGAGCCAUUGAAAAACUAUUUACCGUUCCAUUCUGAAUGCAGUUAG